AUGACCGCCUCUCGUGCCUGUAAUCAGUGCAAGGCGUCCAAAAUCAAGUGCGACCUUUCCAGGCCGAGAUGUGGCAGAUGUGCCAAGCGGGAGACAAAGUGCGAGUUUCCUUCUUCCGAUCCCAAAUUCAGCUUCUUCAACGAGAACGAAGUCGCCAGGAGAAACUCUCAGCGAGCACGUGGUAGUAAAGGUGCUCGUACGCCGCCAAGAGACCUAUCUGCGGCCUUGGUGUGGCGGCAAAGCUCACCCGGAGAGACAGACACCAAUCUUGAUUGGAAGAGCCUCUAUCCAUGGCUCAAUGCUAGGACACUCGCCAAUCUCCCUGAGCCGUUAAAGCGAGACCCCGAAUGCAGGGCCGUGGAGCGAUUCUUCAUCAACUGGGUUCUGGCUGGAGGAGGCGCCUCUCCUGGUCACAUGGACUUCCUACCUGUGCUGUACCACAGUUCGCCUGCGGAGUCUACCCUGUGGCAUGCCGUUCGAGCAAUUGCUUUCGCUGACCUGAAGGCUGCAUUCUGGAAUGGUGCAACGUCCUCUGUUAGGGCAAGGAGGAGUUACGGCGCAGCUUUGCGAGGCAUCCGGGCGUCAAUAGCAAACGGCGAAGAGUUAGCGAACGACAGUACAUUCGCGUCUUUGCUAUUGAUAGAUAGCUUCGAGACAGUAUACCUCGGACGAACAGAGCCACUGGGCGAUCAUGGCCAAGCAGUCGGCCUUAUACUCCAGCUGCGCGGCUACACCCAACUCUUCAGCAGGCUAGGCUUCGGCUUGUGCUCGAUCGCCUCUCAUCGGCUGCUCUCGAGACAAUUACUCCGCCAAGAAUAUCCGCAUCCAGUCCAGCAGGAACUGUUGAGCCACCUGGACGCUGACCGUCCAGACGUGAGAAUCUACGAAGACGCAUAUCGAAUAGCAACAUUAUGUGCGGAAGCCCACACGGUGCUCGAAAGCGGCGAUGGCACGACGGAUGAAGAGAUAAAAGAGCGUCUCGAACACGCGAGGGCUCUGCGCCAUUCCCUGCAAUCGAUGGUGAAACACGCGGAGACGCUAGAGAUGGCCUCCAGUCAUCUAUGGAGACCACGGUCAUCCGAGCCCUCAUCGCCUGCGAGAAAGCAAGCAGACCUGUAUCCGGUCGGUCAUCCGUUUGCCCAUUUCUCCAGCAUGAACAUUCUGGUGUACCCGGACACUUGGAUAGCGUUUGGGUGGAACUUUCACGCAGCUGCGCAAGUCCUGCUUCGCGAGGCGCUGAUCUCGGUCAUCCGCUUUAUCGCCACUCACGGCAAUGGCGGUGACGCUGACUCUGGUGGUGAUGAUCGUAUCAGAUGGGAGGAAACGGCGAUCAACGCUCUUUGCUCAUCCAUCAUCCGAUCUCUGCCGCCUUUACUUGGCUUCAUGGACACCUCAUUGAGCCACGGAGGUCCGACUCAAGCUUCGACCCAACAAGGUCAAGUGGUGGGACAAUGUUUGAUUUUGUUUGCGCUUGAUGUUUUGGUCAAGGCCGAGCAUGCAGAACAGCAGCACAAAGCUGUUGCGAAAGAGGUACUGGCAUGGGUGUACAAAAACCAUGCGCUAGCCGUUUGA